AUGGCGGCGACUGCUGCGAGUGCACAUGCGUGGGAUAUCGCUUCCGUGGGCGAUGGAAUUUGCGACGAGGAGAACAACAACGAGUUGUGCGGCUACGACGGCGGGGACUGCUGCGAGUGCACGUGUGUGCCAUCGGUGUCCGCCGGCGAAUACUCUGUCAGUUGCGAGUACGGCUUCGCCUGCAUCGACCCCAACGCCUCUUGUUUCGAUAAGGACUUCACUCUCGACAUGGCAGAUAAUUGCUACCAUAAUAGCAUCGGCAACGGCUAUUGUAAUUGUCAAAACAACAACGCAGACUGCGGGUACGACGGCGGUGACUGUUGCGAGUGCACCUGUUAG